UUUCUCCAUUCCUGGGCUUCCUGGUGUCUGUGACCACACCAGUUGGGUGUGCCAUCUGGGUCCUAGGCUCUUCAUGAUCAGGAAGGCACUCCUACACAUCAUCAGUGGUGUGGACCAUGCUGGUGGGACCACAAGUAUUUGCCCUCGGCUGACCUUGCCCAGAGCCCUGGUGACUCAGAGUACACGUUUUGGAAGUCUUCUGGGAUUCAAGGAUGAAGAGUAGCAUUACAGAAAGAAGAGGACAAUACUGGGAAUAUCUUUGACAUGUCCAUUUGGAAACAAUUUCUUCUCCUGAGAUAUAGCAAGGUGGAAAGCUUUUAUUCAGAACGAUGAAUUUCAUCAAGGAAAAUAGUCGAGUCCUCAUUCAAAGGAUGGGCAUGACCGUUACUAAGCAAAUCGUGGAUGAUCUGUUUGCAUGGAAUGUCCUGAACUGUGAGGAGGCAAGCAUCAUUUGCUGUGAGAGGGUGGAGCAGGACGCCGCGAGAGGGGUCAUUCACAUGAUCCUCAAGAAGGGCUCUGAGGCCUGCAACCUCUUCCUCCAAUCCCUUGAAAAGCGGAGCUAUGCUGUCUACCAGGCCUUAAAUGGACAGAGUCUUUUUCAUCAGAUAUCAGAAGGAGACUUAGACAGUUUGGCUCAAGAAUUGAAGGACUUAUACCACAGCCCCUCUUUUCUGAACUUCUUUCCCCUGGGAGAAGACAUUGACAUUAUUUUUAACUUGAAAAGCACCUUCACAGAACCUGUCCUGUGGAGGAAGGACCACCACCAUCACCGGGUAGAGCAGCUGACCCUGAGCAGUCUGCUGGGUAAUCUCCAGAGUCCUUGCAUCAUUGAAGGGGAGUCAGGCAAGGGCAAGUCCACCCUGCUACAGAGAGUCGCCAUGCUCUGGGCCUCCAGGAAGUGUGGGGCUCUGACCAAGUUCAAAUUUGUUUUCUUUCUCCGUUUAAGCCGGGCCCAGGGUGGACUCUUUGAAACACUGUGCGAUCAGCUCCUGGAUGUACCUGACACGAUCAGGAAACAAAGCUUCAUGGCCAUGCUGCUGAAGCUACGGCAAGGGGUUCUUUUCCUCCUUGAUGGCUACAAUGAGUUCAAGCCCCAGAACUGUCCAGAAAUCGAAGCCCUGAUCAAAGAAAACCACCGCUUCAAGAACAUGGUCAUUGUCACCACUACCACUGAUUGUCUCAGGCACCUCAGGCAGUUUGGUGCCCUGACUGCUGAGGUGGGAGAUAUGACAGAGGACAGUGCCCAGGCUCUCAUCCGGGAAGUGCUGAUCAAGGAACAUGCUGAAGGCUUGCUGCUCCAGAUUCAGAAAUCCAGGUGCUUAAGGAAUCUGAUGAAGACCCCUCUCUUUGUGGUCAUCACCUGUGCAAUUCAGAUGGGUGAAAGGAAGUUCCACUCUCACACACAAACCACGCUGUUCCGUACCUUCUAUGACCUGCUGAUCCAUAAAAACAAGCACAAACACAGAGGCAUGACUGCAAGUGACUUCACCCAGAGCCUAGACCACUGUGGAGACCUGGCUCUGGAGGGAGUCUUCUCCCACAGGUUUGAUUCGAAGCCAGAGGAUGUGUGCAGAGUGAAUGAGGAUGUCCUGCUGACAACUGGACUCCUCUGUAAAUACACAGCUCAAAGGUUCAAGCCUAAGUAUAAAUUCUUUCAUAAAGCAUUCCAAGAGUACACCGCAGGACGAAGGCUCAGCAGCUUAUUGAUGUCCUGUGAGCCAGAAGAGGUGACCAAGGGCAAUGGUUACUUGCAGAAAAUGGUUUCCAUUUCAGACAUCACAUCCCUGUACAGCAACCUGCUCCUGUACACUUGUGGGUCGUCUGCAGAAGCCACCAGGGCUGUCAUGAGGCACCUAGCAGCAGUGUACCAACAUGGCAGCCUGCUAGGGCUUUCCAUGAGCAAGAGGCCUCUGUGGAGGCAGCAAUCCAUACAGAGUGUGAAAAACACCACCGAGCAAGAGUCUCUGAAAGCCAUCAACAUCAACUCCUUCGUAGAGUGUGGCAUCAAUUUGUUCCAUGAGAGUUUAUCCAAAUCCUCCCUGAGCCAAGAAUUUGAAGCUUUCUUUCGAGGUAAAAGUUUAUACAUCAACUCAGAGAACAUCCCAGAUUAUUUAUUUGACUUCUUUGAACACUUACCUAAUUGUGCCAGUGCUCUGGACUUCAUUAAACUGGACUUCUAUGGGGGAACGCCAGCCUCCCAGGCCAAGUCCACAGAAGAUUGGGCCACAGUCCCCAGGGAAGAGACCUUGAAAACCUACAUUCCCAGCCGAGCUGUGUCUUUGUUCUUCAACUGGAAGCAGGAGUUCAAGAUUCUGGAGGUCACCCUCCGGGAUUUCAGCAAGUUGAAUAAACAAGAUAUUAAAUACCUAGGAAAGAUAUUCAGUUCUGCUGCCAGCCUCAGGCUGUCUGUCAAGAGAAGUGCUGGUGUGGCUGGCAGUCUCAGCUCGGUCCUCAGCACCUGUAAGCACAUUCAGUCCCUCCUGCUGGAAACCAGUCCCCUCACCCUGGAGGAUGAGCGGCACAUCACAUCUGUGACAAACCUGACAACACUGAGCAUUCAUGACCUGCAGACUCAACGGCUACCAGGUGGUCUGACUGAUGGCUUGGGUAAUUUGAAGAAUCUUGUGAAACUCAUCCUGGAUAACAUUAAGAUGAACGAGGAAGAUGCUAUAAAGCUAG